GAGCAACGUGAUUUGUUUCUGUGUUUAUGUGUUUUUAUAUUAUGUGUCUUAUUUAAGUGGUCGAUAGCAAUUAUCGACAAUGGGGGGGGGAGGGAGGCUGACGCUUCGGGAAAACGGUGAACAGACGCACAUGCGUAAGGGCCAACUACGUAGGACAACGAGAAUUCGAUUCGAAAGUUGGUGCGGAGCGGCCGGCAGCAGAGGAUUUAAAAAAAUCAGCCGAGUGCGAAACGAAACAAGCCACAACAAACAUUGAAAAGCUAUUUCAAACUCUGGCUGACUUAACUCAUUUCUCCACCCGCUACACCAAAUUGCAAACCGCCCUCGAAAAAAACAAAACAAAACAAAACAAAAAACAAAUAGUAAUUGAAAAACAAAUCAAAAACAAUUAAAGACAUCGCAACGAGACCAAACACCAAACCAUCGGUGCACCGUGUUUUGCGGUCCUAGUGAUUCGAUCGGGACAAACGGUUCGAACGCGUUGUCGCUGCCACUCCAAACAAACAAACAAAAAAAAAAAAAAAAAAAAAAAGGCGAUCACGUUACGUUUUUCACGGUACGUGGCUAUACACGAUAGGACUAUACAAUACGUGUGUGUGUAUCUCGCGUCCCAUUCGAAGACGUCCGUUCCUUCAAAGCAGUCGCACAUUUUCUUUCGUUUUGAUUCAAUUUCGCCUCCGCGCUCGUUUGCAAAAACAAACGAAUCGAUUCGCCGCGUGACAGUUGCAACUCCAGUUCUACUCGUCCGUUUUUGUUUUUUUUUUUGUUUGAAACAUCUUUUUUUUUCCUGGAAAGAAGAAGACAUCGAAGCACGACGAUAUUUUUGGCCAGCCCCCUAUUUUUUCGCUUUUCAUCGGCCUCCAAAAGGAAAAAGGGGAGCAGGUGGCGGAGCCGAGGGGUGGCGGUGGAGGAGUUUCAGCCGGGUGCGCCCAACGAAGACGGGGCCGGGGGAAGAAGAUAAAUCGACGCGCAACAGCACAACAACAGGAAAAAAAAGGAAAAAGAAAAAAAAAAAAAAAGAGAGCCCAGUGAUUGCGCCUGACUGACCGUUUACGUCAUCAAUCAGGAAACAAGAGGCGCUAUAGACGAGAUCGAAGCCACCGGAACUGACACGAAAUUCAAUUCAAUUCAAAUUCAAUCGAAAUAGAAAAAAAUAAAAAUAAAAAUAAAUUCGAAAUAAAAAACAAACAAACAAAAGAAACAAAAAAAAAAAAAAAAAAAAAAUGCAGUGGUCACGAUGGUUGCUCGUGGUUGGCUUGCUGCUUUUAUGGACGGCGUCGCCAGCGUCGCCGAGCAACGCCAGCCCGCGCGAGUUGAAAGCGCUCAGGGCUGCGCUGAAGAAACAGCAGCGCAUCAAAGAUCAGCUGUUGCAACAACAGCAACAACAGCAACGCUCCUCUUCAUCAUCAUCAUCUGGCGGCGUCAACAGCAAAGGGGCGUCCAUAGGAGGCAGCGGCGAGUACGUGCCGGACGCCGGCCCGUGGUCCUCUUCGUCCGUGGACGGCAAUAGCGAGCCGAGUUGCGAACAGUUGCGCCUCAUGUGGCGCCAAUCGAAGCGACACUCGCGGGCGGCCGAAACGACGAACGAAAUCCCGCAGUACGCGGACCCGUUCGCCCGGGCCGCCUCGGCCCAUUACGCCCGUCAACGUCAACAGGACCUCUCUUCGGGAGCCGAACCGACGCUUCGCCCCAGGCAGGAGAGGCGGCCCGUCAUCUACGGCCGCCUCCAUUCUUCGCCAUCGACGGCGUCGGACGAAGGGGCCGAUCGGCCGCUUCGACCCUUCGACGUCCUGCGCAAACUGAGCUGGACGGAGUCGUCGGCGGCGGACGGCGGGCCGAUGGAAUCGAUGAACGGCCAGGGCCGAAGUAGCUCGGGCGUGGUCCUAUACGGCGACGAGGACCGAUCGCCCUUCGCCAAAUCGCCGGCCAAGGGCAGCCUGCAGCAUCUGCGCGAACUCGUCCGCGAGGAGCAGGGCCGUCCGGCCGGCGUUAAAGGCAGUUUCCAGCAAUUGCGCGACAUGGUCCGCGAAGAAAACCAGCAAGCAAGAGGAGGCGCUUCUUCCAGCCGCUCGGACUGGAGCGAGGCCGACGUUGGACGCGUCGUCACGUCGCCGGCCGAUCACGCCAGCAAACACCUGCUGUUCGCCAUGCAGGGCGACGCCCCUUACGACAGUUCCGGCGGCGGAUCUUCGCCGCAACAUCAGCGCGGCCAUUCGAGACGGCCAUCCAACGCCAACAAUUACAGCCGGCUGUCGUCGUUUGGCAAGUCGCACCAUCGCAAUCACAACAGCCAGAACGGCAACAACAAAGGCCAGCAGCAGCAACAGCAGCAGCAGCAGCAGCAGGCGAUGAGCGAGCCGUUGGACGCGGCCGCCGUGGCAGCAGCUUCGCGUAAGUCGUUCCAGCUGAGGGACCCUCCUCGGCCGAGGAUCAGCUCGAGCCGCUUGUUGGGCAGCCAGCGAGCCGCCUCGGCCAACGCCAACAAAUGGACGUCUUCGUUCGCCGCCAGCUCGGAUUCCGACGAUGAUGUGGGCGUCGUGCGCGGCUACGUCGUCGGCAAGGACGGCGUUAAACCGCUCUACUCGUCCUCUAAGCCCAACAGGAGAUCCUUAACGUCGGCCACUGCCGAGGAGGACGAUGAUGAUUGCGCCGAUGAAGUGGUGGAUACGUGCCGAAGCCAUUCCGAUUGCAGAUGCGCUUCGUCCGGCGUCCAGCAGCGAUGUCAACGCGGCCGUUGCGUGCCGAAGAAUGGCGGCCAGAAACGUCAGAGGAGCCACCAGAAACGCAAAGCAGCCGCAACAACUCCGACGCGUCGCCUUGAAGACGAUGAACGAGAGUUGAAUGAAGAUGAGUGGACGCAAAGCGAUCGAGACGAGCCAGAUCCGUCACGAUUGGAGCAGCUGCUGCAAGAAGAUCAACAGUCGGAAGAUGAGACUAGCGAUGUGUGGCAAGACAGGCCAAAUAGCCGCAAAGCCGAUACCAUCCGAGAUAUCAUCGACGCUCUCCAACAGAUCGAUCAAGAAUCGACAGAUUAAAGCAAAAAUUAAAGGAAGGAAUUCAACAAAAUUCUAGAGGUGACAUUCAUUUUUUGUUCUUUAAACAAAGAAUUCGUUUGAAACGGGCAAAGAACAAACAGAAAAAGAGAUACAACAGCACACGCAAUUCCGGCGAAAAAAAAAAAAAACCUAAUAAUGAAAGUUGCAUAACAAACAUAACUCUCCCCCAAUAAUCAAAUUAAAAAUUAAAAAAUAAUUAAAAAAAAAAAAAAAUUGCAGAUUGAAACUUGAUUCCUUCCCUGGCACGUGUUGAUCUCACACACUGAUUUUUUUUUUUUUUAUUAUUAUUUUUACAAAGAAAAAAAAAAUAAGAAAAACAAAAACAAAAGGGAACAACGACGUACCCUCUUGAAAAUGAAACAAAAAAAAAAAAUGCGUCCCUUCUUUCUUUUCAAUUUCCCUUUUAAUUCGACAUGGCCACUCGUUUUUUUUUUCUUCUCUCAAAAUGAAAUAUGAAAUUCACUUGUUUAAUUAACGUCACACUUAUCGCAUGCUAUGAAUAUCAAAUGGGAGAGACACCUACACAAUUUGUAUACACACACACACACACACACAGACAGACAUCGACACGCACUUACAGACAGACACAUUUCAAAAGUUACGUGGCGCCGAGAUAUUGAAACACGCCAUUCGCAAUGACAUAACGUUUGUUUUCAUUUGAAAUCUGUCGUUCUUUAUUUUUAUUUUAUUAUUUUUGUUCUCGUGUGUGUGUGUGUGUGUGUGUGUCGGUCUCCCGCCCACGCACUUGGGCCAAUGAGUUUCAUUCCGAAAAAUGAUUUGCAUUCGUAUGUUUAAUUUUCUUUCCUCUUUGUUGACCAUUGGCGCCCGACAACCAGGGAUAUGCUGACAUAUCAAUAGCCUCUCCCUUCCAUUCCUCUCGCCAUUCCCAAUCAAACAACCAAAAGAAGAAGAAAACUCUUAAAAACAAAACAAAAUAGGAGAGAGAGAGAGCUGAAAUGAAUAAAAGCACACACACGCAGACACACUCACACACACAACCAAGAAGAUGAAAACUAAGCGAAGCGCGUUGUAUAAACACAAAAAAAGAAAGAUCAACGCAUUUCAAUUGUUUUUUUGUUUUUUUUUUUUUUUUUUUUUUUUUUUGGAGAAGAAAGCCAACACAUAUACAAUUAUACAUAUAUAUAAAUAUCAGCUUAUCUCUUACGUACAUCCAAUUCCUGUUGUUUUUUUUUUCAUUUCUCGUCAAACGGAGAAGAGAGGAAAAAGAAGAAAAACAUUUUACCUAGUGCAUAUCAAAGCAUAGUGUCUUUGUGUGGCGGUUGCGCAAACUAAACUAAACUAACCCCCCCCCCCCCCCCAAAAAAAAAAAAUUAAAACACACAAAAAAAAUAAUUAUAUACAAAUUUUAACCCGACAGUAGCCCAAAUCCAACAUGUCCCCCUAUCCCAUCUUUAAUCCUCUGAAUACUAUAUAUAUUACACCACAUGUGAUGUGUAUAACUUAUAUAAUCUAAUUAUUGUGACUGUAUACUACACAAAGAAACAAAAGAAGAAAAAAAAACUAACCAAAAAAAAAAAAAAAAAAAAAAGAUAAAAAAAAACAAAAACAGGCAACACAAUCGAUUGUUCACCUUGACAUUUCUUAUAUAUUGACAUACAUUUGUUUGUUUAGUUUUUUUUUUUUUUUUUUCUUUCUCUUUUCUCUUAUUUUCUUGGAUCAAAAUCAAUGUUUUCGUUUGUCUCUUCCCCCCGCAUUGCUCCUUUCCGGAAACAAAAACAGACACGAAAUAAGCGCUUUUAAACAU